GUGACACAACAAGGAAGUUUACAUGUAACGUUUCGUGUAGUUUUUCUGUGUAGGCACUUCCCUUUAUCAAAUAUUGGAUGUAUCAACCUGCUCGGCUGGAAUAUUACGUAUUCACGGCGGCGUAAAAAAAAAAAAAUGAACAGGAAACAGCGUUAGCAGUCCUCCAUGUGUUGUUGUAACGUUCAUGUAACGUUUGGACAGUCCAACAUGUUUGUACCUUUGUGUCUCGUGUUUCCUGCUCUGACGUUACUGUUUCCACGCGGACACGCGUCGCUGCCUCUCGUGAUCAAUACGUGGCCAUUCAAGAAUGCGACUGCUGCAGCCUGGAGUACCUUGCAGUCUGGUGGCUCAGUGUUGGAUGCGGUGGAGAAAGGCUGUGCCCGCUGUGAAACAGAGCAGUGUGAUGGCAGCGUAGGCUAUGGUGGGAGUCCAGAUGAGUCUGGAGAGACCACGCUGGAUGCCAUGAUCAUGAACGGGGAUACAAUGGAGGUCGGUGCAGUUGCUGAUCUGAAAAGAAUCAAGAACGCCAUCGGAGUAGCAAGAGCUGUGAUGGAGAAAACAGAUCACACACUGCUAGUAGGAGAGUCAGCUUCUUUGUUUGCUGAAAACAUGGGCUUCAUCGCAGAAGACCUGACUACCAACAAAUCUAUGAAUAUUUUCUCUCAGUGGCUGAAGGGCAACUGCCAACCUAAUUAUCGAAAGAAUGUGUUUCCAGAUCCUUCCAAGUCCUGUGGACCCUACAAGCCCAGGGCGACACUAAAACAGACCAAGAGGAAACGGCACGCUAAUACGCACUCGCACGACACCAUAGGGAUGAUUGCACUAGAUCAAGACGGUCACGUGGCUGCUGGUACAUCCACCAAUGGACUAACUCACAAAGUUCCAGGUCGUGUUGGGGACUCUCCUAUCGUUGGAGCAGGGGCCUAUGCGGAUAGCUCAGCUGGUGGUGCAGCUGCUACUGGAGAUGGAGAUGUCAUGAUGCGCUUUCUGCCGAGUUACUUGGCCGUGGAGCUGAUGAGGGCUGGGGCAGAUCCCUCGGCAGCCUGCAAGACGGCCAUUUCCAGAAUCAAGAGGCAUUACUCAGAAUUCUUUGGAGCCAUCAUCUGUGCUAACACAACAGGCCAUUAUGGUGCGGCUUGUAACAAAGUCCCCGGCUUCUCCCACUUCCACUACAUGGUGUCAAACACAGAGUCAGACACACCACUCUUGAAAUCUGUCGACUGCUUUUAAAUGACGUAUGAUUUUGUGCGUCCCUUAUAUUCAGAAAAUAAUUCUUCAUACAGUAUUUUUAUGUCUGAUGUUUUUAAUGAAUAAUUAAAAUGUA